AUGAGAAGACGUUUCACUAGUCAAAAGAACACUAACGCAAAAGCAGAGAUUACGGUUGGUUAUAACGUAAAUGAUGAUAAAUCACGAAUUAUUCAAAAUGUUAAAGUUAAUGUUAGCCCCGAAUUAACAAGGUCAGCAACUCAACCAAAUUUAUUAACUCGUGACUUACCGAAGAAUGAGGAGAAUGAAGAAAACCAUGAGAAUGGAGACCCAAUCAUUUUAUCUGAACCCGGUAAAGAACCUGUUGAAAUUCCCACUUAUCCAACAUACCCAGCACCACUUGAUAACCCAUAUAAAAUAGACAUUAAUUCUGAAUUAAUGAAAAUAUAUCGCGAUAUCAUAACUGAUAAUUAUGAUUCAAUAAUAAAUUUAAUUGACCAAUCCGGUUUAAUUAUUUUACCUUAUGAAUCAUUAAUUCACAUUAUUGCCAUUCUUUGUGAUGUUCAAGAUUCAGACGUGAAGAUUCAAUUUUUCAUAGAUGAUGAGGUUUCAUGCUGCGGAACA